AAACAUAACAUCAAGAAAAAGUUGGAAACAGAAGUCACCGGUAUGUCAUAUGUCUGAAGUCAAAAGAACAAAUCUUUGUCAGUCUGGCAAACUCAUAAACUCCUGCUAACUCCUCGGAUCUGUCUCAUUUCUCUAGAUCCUUAUUUUUCGUUGCUUUCUCUCUUUUUUUUUUUUUUUUUUUUUCCAUUUUUAGAAAACAGAGUAUACAAACAGAAACGCACACGUUUCUUUUUGUUCUCUUUGUGUGUUCCAUACGCAAAAAUCUUCCAGCAUUUGUUCUCCGUUUAAGGAAACGGAGAGUUACAAGGCGGAAGAACCGUUGUCUCUGCGGCCGGAAAGAUAUGGGAGCCGGUGGACGAACGUUCGAUACUGCUCACGUGAUCUCCGCCACGUGGCAUGAAAAGCACGUGCGUCCUAUGGCCGACGACGACUCUUUCCUCCGGAGAGGCAUCGGAGAGGUUCUUUCGCGGUGGGGCGGGCUUCAGAUGGCCGUGAAGAAUCAAUGGGGAGGCCACGAUUCUCUCAAGAAAUCUAAAGAGCUUGCCCAUCAUCUUUAUCUUCUCUUCUCUCAAUCAAAUGUGAUUACGCUGGAAGAGAUUGAGAAUUUGCUACACGAAAGCUUGCUUCUUUCUUUCAAUACAGAGAUUGAAGAUGGCAGCAUUGAAGAGGUAGCUGAACAAUUGAUGAUACUCCAUGAAGAACAUAUGCGUGGAACUCAUUAAGCGGUAGCUUGGACGGUUUAGAUCAUUUUUUGGUGCCUAAUUUGAUCGUCCAUUUGUAGUUGUAUGAAAAAAAUUGGCGGAGAACAAGAUGUUAUUGAUCAGACAGCAUAGCAUAUAUGAAUCCAGACCUAUGUUUAUUUGA